GACGGAACCCGGAGAAGUUUUCAAAUGGUGGGAAGCUCGAAACGGUAAAGUGUCGCUAGCCUCCAGGGCAGUUUCAAGUCACGUGGCUCACCGCCUUCCGUCCCUCACUGCUGGUUGGGUUAAAGAUCUAUUCCGAUAUGCUUGCAAAAGAGUCAUCGUCGCUGGCCAACCCCUCCUUCCCCGUAUAUUUUUCCCUGAUCGUUCCUUUGUCGUUGCGGGAUACAGCCAUGGCUUCUGAAGGUUCGAAAGAUCUACCCGUCAGGUCCGCUCCGGGCGCCCAAGGUGCCGGUUCGUUACCCGAUUUCAUAAUUGAGCGCAACAACUUCUUCGAGGAGCUUUGGCAGCAAUAUCUCGAGGAGACCAAGAACAAGCCUCAUCCCGAAAUUAACGUCACCCUGGAACCCGGUAACGGCAACAAGGAACAGGUCUCCGCCAAAGCCUGGGAAACUACCCCCGCUCAGCUUCUCAAGAAUGUUCCUAAGGAACUGAGUGCUACUAUUGUGCUUGCAAAGGUCGAUAACGAACUCUGGGACUUGGGCCGACCUUUGGAAGGCGACUGCACCGUCUCUUAUGUGCGAUUCGAGGAUCCCGAAGGAAGGGAAGUCUUCUGGCACUCUAGUGCUCACUGCUUGGGCGAGGCUUGCGAGUGUGAAUAUGGAUGUCUGCUCUCCCAUGGACCUCCCACCCCACAGGGUUUCUUCUAUGAUAUGGCCAUGCCCGAUAACCGUGUUGUAAGAGAGACCGAUUGGCCAGCAUUGGACAAGCACGCAAACCGUGUCUUCAAGGAGAAGCAGAGCUUUGACAGAUUAGAAGUUACGAAAGAGAACCUGAAGAAGAUGUUCGCCUACAGCAAGUACAAGCUGCAUUAUAUCGAUAAACUGGUGACCGGAGAAAAGAGCACUGUUUAUAGAUGCGGUACCUUGGUCGACCUUUGCAGAGGACCCCACAUUCAAAGCACUGGCAAGAUUAAGACCUUCAAGAUCAUGCAGAACUCAUCUGCUUACUUCCUUGGCGACCAAAGCAAUGACUCUCUGCAGCGUAUCCGUGGUGUUGCCUUCCCCGACAAGAAGCAAAUGCAAGAACAUUUGAAGUUCCUAGAGGAAGCGGAAAAGCGCAACCAUGUGAAGAUCGGCAAAGAACAGGAGCUCUUCUUCUUUGAUGAAGUCUCCCCGGGAUGCCCAUUCUUGCUCCCCAACGGUACCAAGAUCUUCAAUGCUCUUCAGACCCUUUUGCGAUCAGAGUAUCGUAAGCGUGGCUACCAGGAAGUCCAGACGCCUAACAUGUACGACGUUGGCAUCUGGAAGACUUCUGGACAUUGGGCUCACUACAAGGAUGACAUGUUUAAGCUUGACGUUGAGAAGAGAGAGUGGGCUCUUAAGCCUAUGAACUGCCCCGGGCAUUUCGUCCUUUUCGGCCAUCGCGAGAGAAGUUACAGAGAACUUCCGUUGCGUAUUGCAGACUUUGGUGUUCUACACAGAAACGAGGCAUCUGGUGCACUAAGUGGACUCACCCGUGUCCGGAAGUUCCAGCAAGAUGAUACCCAUAUCUUCUGUACUCAGGAUCAGAUUACCUCAGAAAUUGAGGGGCUAUUCGACUUCCUUCAAUCUAUCUACGGGCUUUUCGGCUUCACUUUCAAGCUGAAGCUUUCCACUCGUCCAGAGAAGUACCUUGGAGAACUCGAAACUUGGAAUUAUGCCGAAGAGCAGCUUAAAGCGGCCAUGACUAAGUUCAAGGGCGAUGACUGGACCAUCGAUGAGGGUGACGGUGCCUUCUACGGACCUAAGAUCGACAUCACUAUCGCUGACGCUCUCAAGCGAGAGUUCCAGUGUGCCACUAUCCAGCUUGAUUACCAGGCUCCCAUCAACUUCAAGCUUGAGUACAUGAGCAACGAAAAGGCCGACAAGAGCCAAGCGGCUGCCGAGUCUGCCGAGGGCGAGAACAAGUCUAGCGAGCCUGGCCCUGGCCGUGCUCGUCCAGUUGUCAUCCACAGAGCUAUCAUCGGUAGCUUUGAGCGAUUCCUGGGAAUCUUGAUUGAGCACUUUGGCGGCAAGUGGCCUUUCUGGAUCAGCCCUCGCCAAAUCCUGAUUGUUCCUGUCAUGCCUGCUGUAAACGACUACGUGGAAGAGCUGCAGACUAUCCUGCGCGGUGAUAAGCUGAACGUCGACAUUGACAUCAGCGGAAAUACCAUGCAGAAGAAGAUCCGUACUGGACAGCUGGCCCAGUACAAUUUCAUUUUCGUCGUUGGUGCUCAAGAGAAGGAGGCUCGCACUGUCAACAUCCGCAAUCGCGAUGACCCUGCAACUCAGAAGCAAGGUGUCAUGAUUCCUCUCGAGGAGGCACGUGAAAAGCUUCGGGCUCUCAGGAAAGAGCGCAGGCUCGUCAACUCUCUGUAGAGUGGCUUUCUAUAGGCCUUUUCUCACGCUUUCUCUUGUUGCUUGUUCCAGAAACGAUAAAUUUAAGCGUCGCAUAGCAUCAUCAAGAUACUAGAAAGCAUAGAGGCAUUGAGGAACAACGAUAAAAAGUUGAAUGAAGCAAUGAUGUUCCAAAGGGAGACGAAUUGAUGUGAUAAAUCAUGUUUGGAGAAUAUUUCCAUGUGCAACAACUGGUCUACCAUUACGGUAGAUACAGUACAUGUUUUUCUUAUUGUAUUGUGCGUUUGUAGGUGCAAGAUAUAUUGAAUAUGAGAAAAGCUAUGUCUUGAUAUGUGAAAAGAUCCCCUCACGAAGUUGUUUACUGUUAAAAGCUCGCAGAAUUUCUAAUACAAGUCAUAACCUUAAUCUAUAGCACUAGUACCCAACGUGGU